GGGCCAACGGCGUAUGGGCGGAGCCUAGGGAGCGAGCGGGGCGCGUCUCACGCGAGGAGUUCCUAGUGAAGCGGCGGGAGUGGCAGCUAUGGAGCCGCUGGAGGAGAGAGAAGCGAAGGUUGCUGCGUGGUUAAAAAAAAUAUUUGGAGAUCAUCCCAUUCCACAGUAUGAGGUGAACCCACGGACCACAGAGAUUUUAUAUCACCUUUCAGAACGCAACAGGCUCCGGGACAGGGAUGUCUACCUGGUGAUAGAGGACUUGAAGCAGAAAGCAAGUGAAUACGAGUCAGAAGGCAGGGUCUCACGCUGUCGCCCAGGCUGGAGUGCAGUGGUGCCAUCAUCCAAGUAUCUUCAAGACCUUCUCAUGGAGAGUGUGAAUUUUUCCCCUGCCAAUCUCUCUAGCACUAGUUCCAGGUAUCUGAAUGCUUUGGUUGACAGUGCAGUGGCCCUUGAAACAAAGGAUACCUCACUAGCUAGUUUUAUCCCUGCAGUGAAUGAUUUGACCUCUGACCUCUUUCGUACCAAAUCCAAAAGUGAAGAAAUAAAGAUUGAACUGGAAAAACUUGAAAAAAAUCUAACGGCAACUUUAGUAUUAGAAAAAUGUCUACAAGAGGAUCUCAAGAAAGCCGAGUUGCAUCUGUCUACAGAAAGGGCCAAAGUUGAUCAUCGUCGUCAGAACAUGGACUUUCUAAAAGCAAAGUCGGAGGAAUUCAGAUUUAGAAUCAAGGCUGCAGAGGAGCAACUUUCAGCCAGAGGCAUGGAUGCUUCUCUGUCUCAUCAGUCCCUGGUAGCACUGUCAGAGAAACUGGCAAAAUUAAAGCAGCAGACUAUACCUUUGAAGAAAAAAUUGGAGUCCUAUUUAGACUUAAUGCCGAAUCCAUCUCUUGCUCAAGUGAAAAUUGAAGAAGCAAAGCGAGAAUUAGAUAGCAUCGAAGCUGAACUUACAAGGAGAGUAGACAUGAUGGAACUGUGACAACAGCCACAUAAACAUCCUUUUUUUCUAGAAAAUUGAAUAAGACUUUACAGAGUUCUUUUUCCUCUUGGCACUUCUUAACAAGAAAAUUUUCUGUGUUCUUAGAUUACAGAAUGUCAUAAUUGAUAGAAUAUGGUUUCUUACUGUGUAUUGCAUUUUUGUGCCCAGAUACAUAGUUUUCAUAUUAAAAAGCCUUUUCUCUUA